UAUAUAUAUAUAUAUAUAUAUAUAUAUAUCAUAUAUGGCGUCUUCUAGUGGGAAUUCAAGCUCAGUCUCCAUUACCCAGCUUCAGAACUCAGGAUCUGAAGAGGAAAUGAUGGACCAGAGAAAAAGGAAGAGAAAGCAAUCAAACCGGGAAUCUGCAAGAAGAUCCAGGAUGAGAAAACAGAAACACUUGGAUGAUUUGAUGGCUGGAGUGGUUGAAUUAAGGAAGGAAAAUGACCAAAUCUUCACAAGCAUCAAUGUCAAAACACAAAACUUGCUGAAUAUUGAGGCUGAAAACUCCAUUUUGAGAGCUCAAAUGAUGGAGUUAGGCCAUAGACUCGAGUCUCUGAGUGAGAUCCUUCACUUUAUCAACAACCCAUCUAAUGGUGUUUUUGAGACUCAUCAUCAUCAUGAGGACAUGCUUCAUCAUGAUCAUGACCAUAAUCUGCUUUAUCUUAACCAGCAACCAAUCAUGGCAUCUGCAGAUUAUACCUUCCCAUAUUGAUAAAAUAGUCAAUUAGGGGGUUCGAUUUAUUGUCAUAAUUAGUAGUAUUUUGAGUAUGCCGAGUCAUAUGAUUAUGAAUGGUAAAUUAAGGGAAAAAUGGUGAUUUGAGUACUUGUGGAGGUAAAUAAGCUCUGUGUGUGAAAAAAUGGUGUGGGAAGACUGAAGAGUCCUUGAUGUAUUGUGCCUGCUUGGCAAUAUUAUAUAUAUAGUGUUCCACAUUAUAUUUAGUUUUUUU